AUGCCGCCUACGAAUUCUACUGCAUCCACCCGCCGCAGUCGGAGAACGAUUGCGUGUCAAACGUGUCGCCAACGCAAAGUGCGGUGCAGCUUGAAUGUCACCGGGGUGCCAUGUAUCGGCUGCACUCAGGACUGUACCCCAUGUAUAAUCACAACAAGGCGAGGACAGAAGUAUGAGAAACACGGUGGGCCGGUUCUCCUUGCAAACCCUCAGAGUCCCGAUCAGGCGCUUUCGCAGACCACAGCACGUAGAGUGGAGCUUCCAGCGUUCCAAGUUCAGCCACAGCAGCAUGUGCCCUUAAACGUAGAAGCCACCGCAGCUCGUGAAGCGCACGAUAUCGAAGAUGAAGAGCGCAACGGUGAUGAAAUUGCAGCUGCUGCUUUAGGGCAACCCCGAAGAGUAGGCGAAGUCCCUUUCUACACAGGAGACCGGACCGGGCCUGUGUCCACUCUGGAUAUCUGUUCACCAGAUCACUCUUUGCCAAGACACUGUCUAAUCCCAUCGAAUAGUCAGGCUACCCUGACAGACGAUGAUCGGGACUACCUCCAAAAGAAAGGAGUCUUCACCCUACCUGAGCCCGGCACUUGUGAGGGCCUCCUCCGUGCAUAUUUCUAUCAUGUGCAUCCGAUCAUGCCGGUAAUCGAAGUAGACUCCAUUCUGAACUAUCAACAUCAAGGGCGACUUGGUGACUGUAAUGUUCUACUGUUGUGGAGUGUAUUUUUUGUUGCGGUAAAUUUCAUAUCACCACGUCUCUAUGAGCAAGAAGGGUAUACCUCUCGAAAGCAAAUGAAAGCCACGAUGUACUCACGUGCAAAGUGCAUGUACGAUAACGGUGGGGAGAGAAACAAAGUGACACUUUUGCAAGCCUCCCUGCUGUUGGGAUUUUGGCAUUCAGAGCAAGAUGACCACAUGCAACCUUGGUACUGGACAGGCAUUGCAAUUAAUCUCUGCCAGAUGCUAGGUUUACAUCGGGAUCCAGAUUCCUUGAGGUAUAACUCAUCUAUCACAGAUCGUCAGAGACGUUUGUGGCGCCGUCUGUGGUGGACCUGUUUCUUCCGGGAUCGCUGGCUUGGGCUUACUCUUGGAAGGCCACUGAGGAUCAACUUGGAUGACUGUGACCUGCCGAUGUCAGUAACAGCUGACCUACUCAGCGAACUUGAUAGCAUACCUGAAGCCGUCUCAGUGUCAUAUAUUCCUCAAGAGCUUCCGAAACUGGCAGAGUUCUGGAUUAUUCUAAUUGAACUGAGCCAAUUUUUGGGUAAGGUUCUGGCUCUGAAAAGUCAACCCCCGAAGUCGAAGUCCUCUAUCAGUCAGAUCAAUGCCCUUGAAGCACAGAUCACACAAUGCAGAUUACCAGACCAAGAUGAACAUGACCUGACUCCUUUGGCAAAGUUUUACGCACACCAUGUUCAUCUGCAUUAUCAGGCGCUUCUGAUUACACUCUACCGUCCCUCCGCAAGCGAACAUCUUGAUAAUCUUGCUCUGGAUCAACAAGGGUCUGAGCAGCGACGCCUACAGUCCAAAGCUGACACCGCGGCAUCAAAAUCAACCGAGAUCCUUGACAUCCUUGUUCGGGAGAAUCUGCUCGAAUAUGUAGGGCCAAUGACACCGGCCCUCUUAGUCCCAGUCAUGCAAACCCACCUUCUUAAUUGUAGCUAUGCCAAUCCACUUUCGAAACGUUUCAGCUUCAAUAAACUUGAUAUGUGUAUGGGCGUACUGGAAGAAUUGCAGAAAACGUAUACAGUUGCGUCUUUAUUUCGUGGGAUUUUCAUGAAGGCUCUACAACAAAUAGCUCCAGCAUACGCCCCGAACUCGCCCCCAUCCCAUCCGCCUGUUGCCUCCACAGGUGAUCCGGCUGGUCCUCACUCGGAUACUGUCACUGUUGAAACAACUAAUGGGCAAUGUAAUCAGAUGAUCGGUGCUGGAUCAUCUAUGUCUGUUGGCUUUAUCGAUGCUUUAAUAGAUGAGAACUCAAUCUUCGAUUUUUUAGAUACGUGGAAUGAAAAUUAA